GAGAGAGAGAGAGAGAGAGAGAGAGAGAGAGAGAGAGGAGGAAGAACGUGUGAUAGAGCAAGAGAGGAGGGGGAUAGGCAGUUAGAGGAAGAGCUAGUGUUAUGUUCCGGGAGAGAAUGAAAGUGAGAAUGAGAGAAAGAGCCAAGAGAAAACAUUUAGCCUGCCAGCCUCUUUCAGACAAGUCAGGUUACGCAACACCUCACGGAACAUUCUCUAAGGGAGCGUGUUAGGACUCGCAAGAUUAAGAAAGGGAGAGGAGGGGUUGAUAGGGAAACAACAGGAUCUACACACAAGAUGGCUGCAGUGUCUUGCAGCUCAGGCUCUGCAGGGGAACACAGACCGCAGCUCAGACUGCUCCUGCUGGGAGGGGCGCAGACCGGUAAGUCCCGCUCAGGCAACACCAUCCUGGGGGACGAGGUGUUCCAGACCGGAGAGGAGACCACGCACAGCAUGGUGAUCUACAAGGAGACCCGCGGGCGACGCUUAACUGUGGUGGACACCCCUCCCUGGGCUGGUCCCACCGACUCCUCCGCAGGGGGGGACGGUGGCGAUGAUGGUGGCGAUGAGGGUGGCGGUGGUGGCGAUGGUCAUGGAGCUGCCGUCCAGUCUGAACAGGCUAGCAUAGAGGGGCCUUUCAUGGGGGCUAUCCUGUGCCCCCCCGGCCCACACGCCCUCCUCCUGGUGAUGUCCGUGUCCCAACCCUUCACCGAGGUCCAGCGCAAGGCAGCCGAGGACCAGGUGGAGGCGCUGGGCGGAGGAGCCUGGAGGCACUGCAUGUUGGUUUUUACCGCCGUGGAUCAGCUGCCUAAAGGGACAUUUGUUGAGGAGCACAUAGAGAAGACAGGAGAGGCUCUGCAGUGGCUGGUGGAGAGGUGUGGGAGCAGGUACCAUGCCCUGGAUAACACACUACGCGGAGGGAAGGAGAGCACACAGGUGCAGGAGCUGCUGGAGAAGGUGGAGGAGCUGGUGGAGGAGAACCAGGGCUGGUAUUUUGAGUUCAACGAGCUGACCCUGCUGGAGGAGGAGCACGCCAGGAGGGCCCUGGAGGAGGAGAGGAGGAGGAUGGAGGAGCAGGAGAGGCUGAGGCCUAGCAUGAUAGGAGGGCCUCCUAGAGAGCUUAGAGUUCUUCUUCUGGGUUGGAAGGGGGUGGGGAAGAGCUCUGUGGGUAACGCCAUCCUCGGCCGGCGGGACUUUGAGUCUGGUCUUGAGACAGAGCUGUGCAUGCGGAGGCAGGCGCUGGUGGCCGGCCGGCGCGUCACAGUGGUCGACACCCCGGGCUGGGACUGGUUCUCCGUCAGACGCACGCCCAGACGCAUACGCCAAGAGACCAAGAGAGGUGGAGCCCUGCUCUACCCAGGCCCGCACACCAUCCUGCUGGUCCUGCCCGUCGUAUGCAGCCUCAGCACCAGGAAGAGGCGGACCCUGGAAGCCCACAUCGAGGCCCUAUUCGGUGAUAGGGCAUGCCUGCACACCAUGGUACUGUUCAGCUGCGGUGAUUGGCUGGGUCGCACGCCCAUCGAGGAGCACAUCCAGAGGGGGGGGCGGGAGCUGCACAGCCUGCUGGAGUACUGUGGGAACUAUUACCACGUGAUGGACAGCAAGACGCCUGUCAAGGACUCCAGGAGCGUCUCAGACCUGCUGGACAAGAUCGAGGAGAUGAUCAGAGAGAACGGAGAUGAAGCCUUCCUCCCCAUAGCUCUGAACAGUGACAGCGAGUCGUCAGACAACACCAGUCCAGAGGAUGACUGUCGCGGCUGCCAGCUGCAGUGACCCACAGGACACACGCUGGCAGGACACUGCUUCACAUCCACCCAGGGGACACGCUCAGUUUAACAAGGCCUGUUGUGGCAUUCUGAAAAGGGAACAGCUAAACACUGUUAAAGCGCACUGGUCAUAUGCACUUAUCUCUGCACUUCAGUUACAGUGGAACGAAUAUCUAGUGACUGGCACCUGACCACAAUGGAAAAGUUGUGAUCCAUGGAGGCUAGGUACAGAUUCUUUUUUUUGUUGUUGUAAAAAUCCAUGACUGUACUGGCAAAUACAAAUAUGUUUGUUGCUUAUAUUUAUUGAUAAAAAAUAAAAUGAUGACGCUGUAGUUGGGCAUUUCAGUACAACGUUCAGCCUCAGAAAAUAACUCAAAUGUCACCACGGGGAAUGUUCUAGAAUCCAUGUGACCUACAGUACUGACUUCCGUUAGCAGGGAACAACACGCUGCACCUGACAGUGCAGCAUCACUGCUUCCUAACAUCACACAGCUCUGCAGUAGUAUACAACUCAGUGUUAAAGCAUGUCCCUGUUUUCAAUUUGAAACAAUCACAUGAAGUGUAUCUGUAAUGAUCAGUUCCGGGUUACGCAAUGAUGUUGCACUCAUUCAUAUGUGGAUAUAUGUACAUGUAUAAUGGCAUUGCUCAUAUGUAAUAAAACAUUUUGCACUGA